AUCAGUGCCUUUCGACGAAAAUUUGAAAAAACCUACGAGUAAAAAAAUCACUUUUGUUACAGAAAAUCAGGAGCCCAGAGAAACUGCCGGGAGAAACAAAACAAAACAAACUCGAACUGAACUGGUAACAACCCACGAGCUAAUCCCGCAGUCUUUUCGCCUGCCAGCAGACCUGGGAAAUGCUAGGCUAGCCGCCCCCGAUAUAUAGGGUGCCCCGGACGCCGCUACUGUUUCUUCCUCCGCUGGCUUCUGCGCCACCGCCUCCUGCAGUCCUCCCUCCCUGUUCCGUUAGCUCUUGCAGCAGCGGCGGCCGGUAAUGGCGGCGGUUUCUUGGAGAGCCGUGGUGCUGGCGGUGGCCGCGGUGGGCUGGCUUCUUGUUGGCGGCGGUAGCGGUGGCGCGUGGGCGUUCCCGGCCGAGGAUUUGGUCACGCGGCUGCCGGGCCAGCCGCCGGUCACGUUCAGGCAGUUCGCCGGGUACGUGGACGUCGACGUCAAGGCCGGCAGGAGCCUCUUCUACUACUUCGCCGAGGCGCAGCAGGACGCCGCCGCCAAGCCGCUCACGCUCUGGCUCAACGGAGGUCCUGGCUGUUCUUCGAUUGGAGGCGGUGCUUUCACAGAGCUAGGGCCAUUCUAUCCGCGAGGAGAUGGUCGAGGCCUCAGAUUGAACAAGAAAUCAUGGAACAAAGCAUCCAAUCUUCUGUUUGUGGAAUCACCGGCUGGAGUUGGAUGGUCUUAUUCAAACACUUCAUCAGACUACAACACUGGAGAUGUGCAGACAGCUAAUGACAUGUACCAAUUUUUGUUGGGAUGGUAUGUGAAGUUUCCUGAGUACAGAUCAAGAGCUUUAUUUCUUACUGGAGAGAGUUAUGCAGGGCAUUAUAUACCACAACUCACUGAUGUACUUCUCACCCAUAACGAGAAAUCAAAGGGUUUCAAGUUCAAUAUUAAGGGAGUCGCUAUCGGGAAUCCGCUUCUCAAGCUUGAUAGGGAUGUCCCUGCAACCUACGAGUAUUUCUGGUCUCAUGGCAUGAUCUCUGAUGAAAUAUUUCUAGCGAUCAGCCACAGCUGUGAUUUUGAGGACUACACCUUCAACGACCCCCACAAUGAGAGCAAGUCAUGCAACGAUGCCAUUGCAGAAGCAAACAGUAUAGUUGGAGACUAUGUGAACAACUAUGAUGUUAUUCUUGAUGUCUGCUACCCAUCAAUUGUGAUGCAAGAGCUACGGUUGCGACAAUAUGCCACAAAAAUCAGUAUUGGAGUGGAUGUCUGCAUGUCCUAUGAAAGGUAUUUCUAUUUCAAUCUACCAGAGGUGCAGCAGGCUCUGCAUGCGAAUAGGACGCAUUUGAAGUAUAACUGGAGCAUGUGCAGCGAUAUCCUGAACUACAGCAACACCGAUGGCAACAUCAACAUCUUGCCUACACUUCAAAGAAUUGUUGAGCACAAGAUACCACUCUGGGUGUUCAGCGGCGAUCAAGACUCUGUUGUGCCCUUGUUGGGCAGCCGAACCCUUGUGCGAGAGCUAGCUCACAACAUGGGGUUACAAGUCACAGUCCCCUACAGCACUUGGUUCCGCAGAGGCCAGGUUGGAGGCUGGGUGACGCAGUAUGGCAACUUUCUGACCUUCGCCACAGUGCGAGGUGCAUCUCACAUGGUGCCAUUUGCACAGCCAGACCGGGCUCUCAGGCUAUUUCAGUCAAUUGUACUCGGGCAAAGACUACCAAACACAACCAGUCCACCAAUUGAGUAAAUGUAUCUACAAAAGAAGGUGGAGAUAGAAAAAAAAAGUAGCUUAGAUUUUUUUUCAGUUUUGCUGUUCAUAAAGAUGUGUAAUGUGUUGGAUGGUCAAUAAGUUCUUUAUUAUUUAUGAAGAGCAGAAAUAAUACUUUUAAUGGUAUGGUUAUUGUCAUUACA